UUUGACACUUGAUUUGACAUUGGCAUAUAAACGCAAUUAAAGCCGGGAUAAUAUUAUUUUUCUUUAUCAAUUUACAAUAAAAUCCACAUAUUUGCUUAGCAAGAACAUGUUUCUAAUUUCCUCGGCAAUAACAAAACCAUAAAGUACACAACCAUGGGUUUAAGGAAGAAAAAGAACAUAAUUACCUUGACAAUAUGUAUGGUAAUUAGUUUCAUACUUUAUCAACUAUAUUUCUUUCUAUCCAUUACUUCGGCUGCCAGUAGCGACAGAGUGAUUCCAGUUCACGUCGCGGAUAUAGAAAACAUAGUGCACGUACGGGCAGAAUCUGAUAAAUACAUAAAUGACCAUGGAGUCAUAAAGGGUGUACUAUACUACAGGAUGCCGCAGUACAGGCCAGAUGCGAAGGACGAGUUUAAAUGUUUGAAAUCAGAUCAGUAUAUUCCAUUUGAGCAAGUGAAUGAUGACUACUGUGACUGUGAGGAUUCCAGUGAUGAACCUAGUACCAAUGCCUGUGUAAAUGGUACAUUUUAUUGUGAUAGCCAGAGCAGUAAUAAGAGGGUUGCGCCUAAUUCUGUGCCUUCUAGUAAAGUCAAUGACGGAAUUUGCGACUGCUGUGAUGGCUCAGAUGAAUGGUUACGGGAAAAUGAUGUCAAAUUACUUAGUCAAGCAAAUAAAAGACAUUAUAGAUAUUAUGGAAGCAAAUGCCUUAAUCAAUGUUGAUUACUUAACUAAUUAUAUUUAUGUAUAUUUUGUUUUUAACUAUGUACAACUGAAACCUCUUAUCUAAGUCAGCUAUUCCAAUAUUACAGGUCAGGUAUUUGAUUUGCAUAGAUACUAUUUGAGAUUUUUUUAGUUCUUAUUGUAACAGUAUGAGAAUAAUGCAAGUUAUAAUAGUACUUGUACCUAAUAAAUGAAAUGUAAAUUGUAUUUUGGUGAAUCAAUUUUAACAUACUUUGUACUUAAACCAAAAACUAUCUGGAAAUUUCUGGUAUUAUAAAAGAAAAUAAGUAUCUUAAAAAUUAAUUCACCCAUUUAGUUAGCUAUUCUCUGAAAAUAUUUCUAUGAUCGUGUGUAAAUAUCAGCUCUUAUUUGAUACCUAUUUUCAUGGAGUAAUGGCAAAAUUAAAUGCAAAAAUUUGUAACUGUAUUUUAUUGUUUGUAAAAUUUCUUAAAAUGAAAGAUCUCUGAAUUGAUUAACUAUCUUGAUAUUUCAUCAUAUUAGGUAAAACAAUACUACUUUACUUCCUUACAAUAAAAUUUGUGCUUAAUCUUGUACAUAACUAGAAUAAGAUCAUUUUUAUUAUAGCUAAGGCUGGUAUUAUUCCACCUAUUCAAUUUCAUUGUCCAAUAUGUAUUGCGUCUCUCAUUUUGUUUUAAUGAGAGAGUGAGACACAUUGACAUUGACUGGAAUACCACCCUAACAAAUAUAAUAUAAUAUGAUGCAUAAUAAUUGAGUUCCUUAGUAAAUUGAAGUGGAUUUGAUCUCUUUUGCAAAAGAGUAUUUAGAUAUGAUUUAGAUUAUUUUUUUGGCUUUUUGGUGUAUAUUUAAACUGGACUAUAACCGCGAAAAUCGAAGUUCGCAAAUUGCGAGGAUUUUUCUCUGUCACUCUAAUUACGCCUUCAUUAGAGUAAAAGAGAAAGAUCCCCGCAAUUAGCUAAUUUCUGUUUUCGCGGUAGCCACUCUUUUUUUUUCAACAGUAAUUAAAGAUAUAGUAAGUAGAUAAAGUAAUAGUAAAAGACUGAAGUGUAAUAUUUAGUUAAUACACA